GUGCGCGCCCCCGGGAGGAGGUGUCAGGGCUGGAGUCCAGCAGCUGAACGAGCAGCGCGCACACGCCCCUCCAGGGAUUGCUGCUGCUGCUGCUGCUGCUGUCUGGGCUUCUCUCUCCCGGACCUGGCAAGUCCUAAUUAGAAGAAGGAGAGAAGCAUAUAAAGGGGGAGCCGGCUGCGAGCAGGGACCAGUCACCGGAGAUCCACGAGGAAACAUGGAUUUUUUACAAUGAGUGGUUUGCAAUAUUAGUUACCUACGUCAUCAAGGUGAAUACUUUGCCACAAUUGAUUGAGUAGUUCACUGGUUACGAGUUUCACGGCACCUGCUCGACCUCUGUAAAGUAAACAUGGCCAAACCAUACGAAUUCAAUUGGCAGAAAGCUGUUCCUUCUUUCAUGCAAGAUGGAGCUCUGUUUGACAGAUAUGAAGAGGAAUCAUUUGUAUUUGAACCAAAUUGCCUUUUUAAAGUAGACGAGUUUGGCUUCUUUCUCACGUGGAAAAGUGAAGGAAAGGAAGGCCAGGUCUUGGAAUGCUCUCUGAUCAACAGUAUACGCACCGGCAUGGUACCAAAGGAUCCAAAAAUACUGUCUGCACUGGAGUCUGUGGGAAAAGCAGAGAAUGAACUAGAAGGCCAGAUAGUAUGCGUCUGCUCCGGGACAGACCUGGUGAACAUCAACUUUACUUACAUGGUAGCAGAGAACAUCGACGUAGCUAAGCAAUGGGUAGAAGGGCUAAAAUCUAUCACGCAUAACUUUAGAGCCAACAACGUCAGUCCAAUGACUUGUCUCAAAAAACACUGGAUGAAACUCACAUUUCUCACAAAUGUAAAUGGGAAAAUCCCAGUGCGAAGUAUUACAAGAACAUUUGCAUCUGGCAAGACAGAAAAAGUCAUCUUUCAAGUUCUUAAAGAAUUAGGUCUUCCGAGCGGAAAGAAUGAUGAAAUUGAACCAUCUGCUUUUACAUUUGAGAAGUUCUAUGAACUUACCCAAAAGAUUUGCCCCAGAACUGACAUCGAAGAGCUGUUUAAAAAAAUCAAUGGAGACAAAUCUGAUUAUUUAACGGUAGACCAAUUAGUGAGCUUUCUAAAUGAAAGUCAAAGAGACCCUCGGCUCAAUGAGAUCUUGUUCCCGUUCUUUGACACAAAGCGGGCCAUGCAGAUCGUAGAGAUGUAUGAACCCGACGAAGAGCUGAAGAAAAGAGGACACAUAUCAAGUGAUGGAUUUUGCAGAUAUCUGAUGUCUGAUGAGAAUGCGCCAGUCUUUUUAGACCGCUUGGAGCUGUACCAGGAGAUGGAGCACCCACUUGCACACUAUUUUAUCAGCUCCUCCCAUAAUACCUACCUUACCGGGAGACAGUUUGGAGGCAGAUCUUCAGUAGAGAUGUACAGACAGGUCCUUUUAGCUGGUUGCAGGUGUGUUGAACUGGACUGCUGGGAUGGGAAAGGGGAAGAUCAGGAGCCUAUCAUAACACACGGGAAGGCUAUGUGUACAGAUAUCCUCUUUAAGGAUGUAAUACAAGCCAUAAAGGAAACAGCGUUUGUAACCUCAGAAUAUCCCGUAAUCCUGUCAUUUGAGAAUCAUUGCAGUAAAUACCAACAGUACAAGAUGUCCAAAUACUGUGAAGAAAUAUUUGGGGAUCUCCUACUGAAGCAGCCCCUGGAAACACAUCCGCUGGAUCCAGGGAGACCGCUACCUUCUCCAAAUGACCUGAAAAGAAAAAUUCUUAUUAAAAACAAGCGUCUGAAGCCAGAAGUGGAAAAAAAACAACUGGAGGCUUUGAAAAGUAUGAUGGAGGCGGGGGAGACAGUGGCACCUGUCAGCAUCCUUGAAGAUGACAUUGAGGAAGAAACUGAAAAUGCUGAUCAGGAGGAGGAGGCCCACCCCGAAUACAAGUUUGGAAGUGAGCUCUCCGCGGACGACCUGAGCCAGAAAGAGGUGGCCGCAAUAAGCGGGAAAAAGGUAGUCGAAGAUCCUGAACAAGAAAACAAUAACAAAAAGGGCGCAAUAACUGCAGAUGAUGAACAAGCUUGGAUGGCGAACUAUAAAUACGUAGGCGCCACUACCAAUAUACAUCCGUUCCUAUCAACAAUGAUCAACUAUGCGCAGCCAGUAAAAUUUCAAGGUUUCAAAUUGGCAGAAGAUCGGAACAUUCAUUUCAACAUGUCGUCCUUUAAUGAAUCGGUGGGGUUGGGUUACUUGAAGACGCAUGCGAUUGAGUUUGUGAACUAUAACAAACGUCAGAUGAGCCGAAUCUACCCCAAGGGUGGGCGAGUGGAUUCCAGUAAUUAUAUGCCUCAAAUUUUCUGGAACGCCGGCUGCCAGAUGGUCUCUCUGAACUAUCAGACCCCAGAUCUAGCAAUGCAGCUGAACCAGGGGAAGUUUGAGUAUAAUGGAUCCUGUGGCUACCUUCUGAAACCAGACUUCAUGAGACGUCCAGACAGAACAUUUGACCCGUUCUCUGAGACUCCAGUAGAUGGAGUGAUUGCUGCCACCUGCUCUGUUCAGGUUAUAUCUGGACAGUUUCUCUCAGACAAAAAAAUUGGGACAUAUGUUGAGGUUGAUAUGUAUGGAUUGCCUACAGACACCAUAAGAAAGGAGUUCCGGACUCGUAUAAUAAUGAACAACGGUCUGAACCCAGUUUACAAUGAGGAGGCUUUUGUAUUUCGAAAGGUUAUCUUACCUGACCUUGCUGUGCUAAGGAUAGGAGUGUACGAUGACAACAAUAAACUGAUAGGCCAGAGAAUAUUACCAUUAGAUGGUCUCCAGGCUGGAUAUCGGCACAUUUCACUUCGGAAUGAAGGCAACAAGCCACUUUCAUUGCCAACCAUCUUCUGCAACAUUGUUCUGAAGACCUAUGUCCCUGAUGGAUUUGGAGAUAUUGUUGAUGCUUUAUCAGAUCCUAAGAAGUUCUUGUCUAUUACCGAGAAAAGGGCAGACCAAAUGAGAGCCAUGGGUAUUGAAACCAGUGAUAUUGCUGAUGUGCCAAAUGACAACACAAAGAACGAUAAAAAAGGGAAAACCAACAAUGCCAAAGCCAAUGUGACACCUCAGACAAGUUCGGAGCUCAGGCCGUCUGCAGCGUCCUCCUCCGGGCAGGCAGCUGAAGUUAAGAAAGCUUUAGAACAGAUUCCUCAAGUAAAAGUUGAAGAUUUGAAACAGAUGAAGGCAUACAUCAAGCAACUUAAGAAGCAGCAGAAAGAGAUAAACACAAUGAAGAAGAAACAUGACAAAGAGCAAAGCGCUGUGCGGAAGGUACACUGCACACAAGCUGACAAAUUAGUGGCACAACUUGAUAAGGAAAAGUUGUCUCUUGAGAAGAACUUAGAAAAAGCAAUCAAGAAGAAAGGAGGAAAUAACUGUGUUGAGAUGAAGAAAGAAACAGAAAAUAAAAUUCAGGUUUUAACUUCAGAUCAUAAAUCCAAGGUGAAAGAAAUUGUGGCUCAACAUACGAAAGAGUGGUCAGACUUGCUUAAUACACAAGCUGCAGAAGUACAAGAUCUCCAAGAUUUACAUUUACGGCAACAAUGCGAUCUCCUCAAAAAGCUGCUGAUCACCGUCCAAGAACAACAGACACAACAGCUGAAGCUCUCCCAUGAUCGAGAGAGCAAGGAGAUGAGGGCCAACCAAGCAAAAAUUUCCAUGGAAAACAGUAAAGCCAUAAGCCAAGAUAAAUCUAUCAAAAAUAAAGCUGAACGUGAAAGGCGAGUGAGGGAACUGAACAGCAGCAACACAAAGAAAUUCCUUGAAGAAAGGAAAAGGCUGGCAAUGAAACAAUCAAAAGAAAUGGACCAGUUGAAGAAAGCCCAGCUGGAGCAUUUAGAACAUCUGGAGAAGCAGAAUGAACAGCUUUUGAAAUCGUGUCAUGCUGUGUCUCACUCACAAGGCAAAGGAAAUCCAGCAGAUGGUCAAACUGGAAACCGAGAUGGGCCGCAGGCCAGCAACAGUUGUGUAAAGCUGCAGAACGCAAACUGAAGUCAAGCAAUUCACUGUCCUUUUGAGAACACUGUAAUAUAUUGACCACAAACACUGAAUAUGAAGUGUGCUCUUAUGUUAUACCCUUAUUGUCUUGGCAGGAUUUGAAGACUGGCAUAUUUCCCUUUAACAUUUUGAGCACUGCACUAUUUAUGAUAAAGAAGUCUAAUUAUACAGUUAUAAAGAGAAUAUUUUUUAUUAAUGUGGAAUCAUAUGUUAAUAGUCUAUCAUUGUUUGAGAGUCUAUCUUGUUUUAUGUUAUUUCAAGGUGAUUUUGUUGUGGUUUUUAUAUUUGGUGUCACCAAUGUAGCAAAUUGAAACAGAAUAAGGUUGACUGCUAGCUAAAACACUGUUACACUAGGAUUUUGUCGGUCGGGUUGGGGGAUUGCACUGUACCUUACAAAUAGUGAGUCUGUUGCCUUGUUUGUUUUUUGUUUUUUAAUUUUUGCCACAUUUUUAUCCUAAUAUUUUUGGAGAAAUAUUAGUCCUUUUAGUCUUAAGAAGCAGACUCUAGAAUAUACCGAUUUUAUAGAAGGAAAAGUUGACUAUGCUGAACGAGCACAAUGCAUUCUAAUCUGUGGACGUCCCCAAACGCUGUUCUGUAAAGCUGUGUUUGGAGACCAUUAACAUUUCAUCUAAAUUGUACAUUUGAAGAUAAAGAGGGAGAGAACAAAGCAGUAAAAGUGACAGAGGGUGUUUGUUGAUUGAAAAUCUGAAUUGCCUGCUGUAUCCAAGUGAUUUUCUUGUUCUAGCGUGGGCAGCAAGAAAAUCAGUCUUUUCUCCAGGGUUUUUUUUUUGUAUUAUUAUUAUUAUUAUUAUUAUUAUCUUCAUACAGUAUGUGACUUAUUUUAACUGUGUUAUGUUUUAUUCUAUAUUAUGACUGGGUGAGAGUGCAAAUGUUUUAUAUGGUUAAUAUUUUGUUGUUAUAUUAAAAGGGGAUUUUGGACAUUUUACAUUGUGGGCCUAUCCUAAGGAUAGGUCAUCAAUGUCUGAUCAGCGGGUUGCCAAAAUAUGGCACUCCAGCUAUUCAUCUAUUCAGUCCUAGCUCUGGCAUAUACACAAUUACACAAAGAAUGGCCGGAAGUAGUUGGCGCCGUUCAUUGUGUAUUAGUGGCGGUUAUUGCGACGCAGCUCUUAUUCCCUUAAGUGGGAGUUGCGCCACCACUACACUAUGAACAAAGCCAUCAGCUUUUGGCCGUUCAUUGGGUAUAUGCUGGAGCAGAUGAUCGGCAGGGGUUCUGGGUGUCAGCAGCAUCCCAAGCAGACAUUGGUGGCCUAUCUAAUGGAUAGGCCAUCAAUGUAAAAUGCCUGAAAAACUCCUUUAAGUUAUGUCAUCAAACCAAUAUAUAUUAAUAUUUAAAGGGGUAGUCUGGACCUAAUACAUCUUUUCCCCUAUCCAAAGGAUAGGGGAUAAGAUGUCUGAUCGUGGGGGUCCCGCUGCUGGGGACCGCCGCAGUCUGUCAUUCAGCACCCACCUUUGCGAGCUCUCCGCAGCGCUGGAGGCUCCAAGUGUGCAGCGU